GCUGCACACAGACUUUUGUUAAUCUCAUUGAAGUUCUAACUGCAGUUUGUGUUUUCAGUGUGCGUCCCUUUUGAUUGACACUUCAGAGCAAUAAGAGCUAGAUAUGCCAGAGAUCAUGGGGGAAGAUAAGAACAAGAAGGCUCUUCAGUUCAUCGAAGACGUCACGGCUAAUGCCGACGAAGUUCAGAAACGGGUUCUCGCCGAAAUCCUCUCCCGCAGCGUCGACGUCGAGUACUUGCGCCGCCACGGCCUUAACGGCCGGACGGACCGCGAGACCUUCAAGAAGGUGGUGCCUGUGGUCACAUACGAGGAUCUUCGGCAGGACAUUGAGCGCAUCGCAAAUGGCGAUGCCUCGCCGAUCCUUUGUUCGAAACCCAUAUCAGAGUUUUUGACUAGCUCGGGAACGUCGGGCGGAGAGAGGAAACUGAUGCCGGCAAUAGAGGAGGAGCUGGGGAGGAGAGGCUUGCUUUACAGCCUGCUGAUGCCUGUGAUGAACCAGUUUGUUCCGGGCUUGGAAGAUGGGAAAGGAAUGUAUUUUCUGUUCAUAAAAUCAGAAGCUCGGACUCCGGGAGGACUCGUCGCUCGACCUGUCUUAACAAGCUACUACAAGAGUUCAAAUUUCAAAGACAGGCCUUAUGACCCCUACACCAACUACACGAGUCCAAAUGAGACAAUUCUCUGUGCAGAUUCUUACCAGAGCAUGUACUCUCAGUUACUAUGCGGCCUCUGCCAGAACCAGGAAGUACUCCGAGUCGGUGCGGUCUUCGCUUCGGGGUUCAUUCGGGCCAUCCGUUUUCUCGAGAAGCACUGGGCUCUCCUUUGCAACGACAUUCGAACCGGAACCCUAGACAGCAGAAUUUCUGACCCAUCGGUGAGAGAAUCAGUCGCGAUGAUCCUCAAACCGAACCCUAAGCUUGCGGACUUAAUUGAGAAGGAAUGCGGUGGGGAGUCCUGGAGAGGGAUCAUUCCUAGGCUGUGGCCCAACACAAAGUAUAUUGAUGUUAUUGUGACAGGAACCAUGUCUCAGUAUAUUCCAACUCUCGAUUACUACAGCAAUGGCCUCCCACUGGUUUGCACCAUGUAUGCUUCUUCAGAGUGUUACUUUGGGUUGAACCUCAAUCCUUUGUGCAAACCAAGCGAAGUCUCCUACACCCUCAUUCCCACCAUGGCCUAUUUCGAGUUCUUGCCAGUGAAUCGGAGAAAUGGGUUCACCGAUUCUGCCCCAAAACUGACGUCGCUGAGUGCGGAGGAGCAGCGGGAGUUGGUUGAGCUUGUGGAUGUGAAACUCGGCGAAGAGUAUGAGCUCGUCAUCACCACUUAUGCAGGUCUUUACCGUUAUCGUGUUGGAGACAUACUUCAAGUAGCUGGAUUCAAGAACAAAGCACCCCAAUUCAACUUCAUGUGUCGAAAGAACGUUGUUCUGAGCAUUGACUCCGAUAAAACAGACGAAGUUGAGCUACAAAAUGCAGUGAAGAAUGCAGCUAUCCAUCUUGCCCCAUUUGAGGCAUCUCUCAUAGAAUACACAAGUUGUGUCGACACAUCAACUAUUCCAGGCCACUAUGUUCUAUAUUGGGAAAUAGGUCAUGUUGGUGAAACCUCAAUUCCCCCAUCAGUGUUUGAGGAUUGCUGCCUCACACUGGAAGAAUCACUCAAUAGUGUAUACCGCCAAGGCCGGGUCUCGGAUAAGUCAAUCGGCCCUUUGGAGAUAAAAGUAGUAGAGGGAGGCACAUUUGACAAACUCAUGGAUUAUGCCCUAAGCCAGGGUGCUUCAAUAAACCAAUACAAGGCACCUCGUUGUGUGAAAUAUGCACCCAUCAUUGAGCUUCUAAACUCUAGGGUUGCCUCAAACUAUUUUAGUCCAAAAUGCCCAAAAUGGGUUCCAGGUCACAAGAAAUGGUGCAACAAUAGUUGAAGAGCUAGAGUUUGAACAUGCAAGUGAAAGAAUUAUUGGUCAUAUCGAAGUAGAGAUCGAGUAAAUUACUUUUCCUUUUAUAAUGCUAUAAAUCCUAUCUUUUUUCUUCUCUAUGAAUUUGUUAAACUGUUCAAUUAUGUGUGUAUCUGGAAAAAAAAAUGGCCUUCAAGAAAAAAAAUUGCCAUUGUGUUUUUUAUAUAUAUUUUAUUAAUCAUUGUGUUGUA